GUGUACUACUGGAAAAAGUAGCAGGAGAUCCUUUAUUGGUAGGAGACACACAAAGAAUUCUAUACGAUAUCUGAAAAAGUUUUAUUAGAGAGGAUGAAGGGGCGCUUUAGAUCUCUGUAUUAUAUUCCUAUUCAUGUCCUUAAAAUACAAUUUUCUAUUUCUUAGUGGGCAGAGAGCAUAUAGAGAGAGAGCACGGAGAAAACUAGAGCGAGAGAGAGAGAGAGAGAUAGUACAGUUAGUGUUGAGCUCCAAGAGAGAAGCUUUUUUUUGUUCUCUUUCUCUUUGCUUUCUUCUUUAUUAUAGCUAGCUACCGAGGAAUCGGAGAAUCUGGGGGAUGAUGCUAUGCUUGGAUUUCUCUCUCUUCUCCCUUUUCUAACUCCAAUGGAGGUGUGUUGAUUUCAUAGAGAAGCAAAAGAUAGUCUUUUUUCCCCCUUCUUCAUCUUCUGUGAAUCUCUACAAGCUAUGGUGGGAUGGAGUUUGGCUCUUGAAGCAUUGGAAUACUGAACUAAGAUGCCAUUGCCUUUUGAGCCUUUUCUUUUUCUUCAAACGGGAUGUCUCCAUGGACUCAACUUCUCACGGGCAGAAGUUAAUUUAGUUGGUAGGAGUUGGACAUGAGUAUGUUGUUGCGGACAUGCUUGAGCCUAGGGAAGCUGAUUUGCCCGUUCUUUUCUUGGUCUUGGUCGUGCUUCCCUUAGUAACUUACAUUUUGCUUGGAAUAUGGAGCGAAACUGCGAAGAAAAAGAUGAGGAUAAGUACUCUGGCUCAGUUAGCCGCUGAAGAAGCCAGCAGAGUUGACGAUGUGCCCCUGCCCGUGAUCGUACCGGUGCCCUCUGUAAAUGUUAUGCCACCCGUGCCCUCUUCAAGAAUUGCCUUUCACGAGUGUGCUAAAUGCUUUGCUCCUGCAACCACUCGCUGCUCUAAAUGCAAAUCUGUUAGAUACUGCUCUGGAAAGUGCCAAAUAAUACACUGGAGGCAGGGGCACAAGCAAGAAUGUCCGCGACUUGCCAGCUGCCGAAAUCUCUCUUCGAGUGCGGAUUCUGAUCAGUUGAGGCCCUUCAUGGAAAAUGGAAAGCAAGCUCAUGGAAAUGUUAUCGAGGAACCCCUGCAUAGUGAUUUUCAUUCUGAUCGAAGUGAUAUUUCUUACGACACAUUAUCAGAAAGAAAAUUUUCAGAUGCAAACAAGCGGACCCCCAAUAAGCUUAAAAAUGGAACCUUACGAAGUAAUGAGGAUGCUGAAAGUGGGGAUACCUUGUUAGCAGAGGUUACAUCAAAGGAUGCUUCUUCAGAGAAUAAGUUAGGAAAUGGGAAUUUCACUUCCUCCUUUGAAGUUAAUAGAUUGCCGGCUAACGUCGACCCAAUUUAUGUUCAUGCCUCCACUACCCUAAGAAAUCCUAUGCACCAGACACAUAAGAUAACUGGUGAAAUUAGAAAUAUGCUUAAACCAAGAUGCAUCACUGAAAAUUCAGAAAACGGGGCAACUCCAUGUGAGGGUGGCACGAAUCUCAGUUCAGAGAAUGGAUUUUCUUCUUCUGCCGAAGCUUUAGACUCAAAUUCCUCAGCUGAAGAUACUUCAGUUGUAGGAAGCGUAAUGUACAAGAGACCUCCAUACACAUUGCGAACCAUGACUCCAUUAUCUCAAAAGUCAGCAGAGAAGAAUACAAAAGACUGUUGGUCUCAAGGAAUAGAAAGGAAUGCCUACAUGAAUGAUGAAUCUAGAGUCUCUGCAACUUGUAUCUCUACAAGUACACCGUUGCAGAAUUGCAAUGGGGCCUCAAGCAGUGGACAGAAAAUGUCAAGUUCAAGAAAGUCUUCGAAAGUUCAUAAAGGGAACCUCACGGGAUCAACAAAUGAUGGUAAUAAGCAUAAGAUGCUAUUUCCUUAUGAAGACCUUGUGAAGUUUUUCCAAUGCGAAAUCUGGGGCGUAUCUCCUAGAGGGCUUCUCAAUUGUGGAAACAGUUGCUAUGCUAAUGCUGUAUUGCAAUGUCUGACCUGCACAAAGCCUCUCAUGGUCUACCUGCUUCGGAGAUCACACUCAAAAAACUGUAGGAUCAGGGAUUGGUGUCUUAUGUGUGAACUUGAGCAGCAUGUCUCAAUGUUACGAGAAGGUGGAGGUCCCUUGUCUCCUAGUAGACUUCUUUCAAACAUGAGGAACAUUGGAUGUCGAAUGGGCGGAGGAAACCAAGAGGAUGCUCAUGAAUUUCUUAGGCUUCUUGUGAUGUCUAUGCAAUCAAUAUGCCUUGAGGGCCUCGGUGGUGAGAAGGAAGUAAGUCCUGGAUUGCAAGAGACGACGUUGAUACAACAAAUUUUUGGUGGUCGUCUUAAAUCAAAGGUGAAGUGCUUGAGGUGCCAUCUUGAAUCAGAAAGAUAUGAACAUAUCAUGGAUCUUACUUUGGAGAUACAUGGUUGGGUUGAAUCGCUGGAGGAUGCACUCACACAGUUUACUGCACCCGAGGAUUUAGAUGGAGAAAACAUGUACAGAUGUGGAAGGUGUGCUGCGUAUGUUAAAGCCAGAAAGCAAUUAAGCGUGCAUGAGGUGCCAAAUAUAUUAACAAUAGUCCUAAAGAGAUUCCAGACAGGAAAAUAUGGUAAAAUUAAUAAGUGUGUGUCAUUUCCUGAUAUGCUGGACAUGAUACCCUUUGUGACUGGGACUGCUGAUAGCCCUCCCCUUUAUAUGUUAUAUGGGGUGGUUGUGCAUUUGGAUACUCUGAACGCUUCAUUCUCUGGCCAUUAUGUGUCAUAUGUUAAAGAUCAGCAAGGAACAUGGUUCAGAAUAGAUGACUCUGAGGUGCAGGCUGUUUCAUUGAGUGAGGUAAUGUCAGAAGGUGCAUAUAUGUUGUUCUACUCAAGGUCUUUCCCUCGCCCUCCUAGAACUUACAUUGAGAAAGCACACAGAACUCAAAAAACUUCAAGACAUAGCCAACACAAACAAAUUGAAGAAAAUUCAGGAAAGUGCAGAGAUAAUCCCCAAGAGGGAAUUGUUCUUACUAAAGAAGAAACAUAUGCUGAUUCAAUUGGCAUGGACUUCUCCGAUGCUACAUUAAGUGACUGGUCUCUCUUCACAAGUUCAGACGAAUCAUCUUUCACCACUGAGAGCACUAGAAACUCAUUUAGCACCGUUGAUCAUGGAGAAGCUUCUAACCUUGAUCCAAUAUCCUCAAUAUUUGCAACACCCUACUAUGUGCCAGAGUAUCCUCAGAGCAAUACAAUCUCCUGUAAAAAGUUCUCACCUUGUAGGGCUCAGACAAGAUUUUUCUCAGAGAGACAGGGUUUCAUAUUGGAUUCCUUGUUGGGUAAUCAAUCUGAUGAUGUACAUAAGGGAAGCAAUUUCAAGCAGGGAAACGUUUUGUCAGAAGAACAUUAUAGAUUGUAGAAGUAAUAGUAAUUUGUAGUCGAUACGGGAGUAAUCCCAGGAGGGUUUGUCCAGAAUUUCCUGGAUUUCUUUUGUUGUCUGUAGACAUUUAAUCUAGAUUUGAUUACCCAUUUCUGUUAUUGAAUCUUAAGCUAGAAAUUAGACAUGCCUCAUGUUUUUUAGUCGAUCGAGGCGUGCUUAAUGUUCAUUCGAAUUGUCAAAAAGAGAAUGGAAGCUCACACCUUUUGUAUUAAUGAAGUAAUCUAGUGGUAGUUCUUACA